ACUUUAUUGGUAAGGAAAUGCCUGCACUCCAAACUUUCCUGUCAGAUGAACAUUCUUUACGACUCACAAAAUUUUACGUUAACACCGCUUUAAGUGACGUCAUCGGAGGGAUUUCCUGUCGUUUUGGAAUUCCGGUAUCAAAAUAUUACAACAUGACAAGUAUUCGUCCAGGUAUGGAGGGUAACCAGACUGUGAGCCUGCCGGAGGGGAAAUAUGGGGUGCCGGAUAUGAUGAUGCAUGGGUUUCAGAAUGCCAGCGGUGGAAAUGCACCAGUACACCCACUUGAGUUCUCAGAGAAAAAUUGGCAUGAGAACCGGAAGCUGAUGGACUUCCAGAUGCUCAGAAAUAUGCAGGGUCUCCAUGCUCCCCUCAGACUGCAGAUGGAGUUGAAUGUUGCCAGCAAGAUGCGUCGACUCCCAGGUCUGGCAUCAUCCCGUGUUCUUGAGAACAGCCUUACUGGCCGUGACAUGCUUCUAGACUUCGAGGAUGUCUUUAAUGAUGCAGACGAAAUGCCCCAGAUCACUCAGCCCCACAUACAGAUGGAGAAGAAACUUCACAUCCUCUGAUCUCAUCCGGCAUUGGUCAGCAUCUGCCAUCCAUCCAUUCACUGUGCAACAAGUGCUGAAUAACAUGGGGGCCACAAAGGACUUUCUUCAAUGUUAAUUGAUCUUUUAGAUCUGGAUACCACACAUAUGCAAUUUAGUUAUUCUAAAAUGGAGAAUUACUUAAUGGGCUUUUGCAUGCAGAUGCAGCAAAAUCAGUUUUGCAAUUGAAUGCAAUGGCUAACUUUGCUUUUCAAAGAACAAUACACUUUAGGUUAUCGUUGAGUGUUAAUUUGCUUAAAAGAACUGUUAUUGGGACCCUCAUUUCCUUACGUAUCAUGUUGUUUGUAUUUAUAAAUAAAUUUAUAAAUCCUGG